UGGAGGUUUCAUGGACUUCUAAUGGACGUCCAUCUGACUUCCACCAUGGAGAUAGACGUCUCAUGGACCUAUGGAAGGGCGAAAGACAUCCACUGGAGGUCAAUUUCUAUGUGGGUGAUAACUUGCACUUCCUGACUUUUUCCAGAUAUAUGACUUCCUUCACUUCCGAUAUCAAAAAUAUCAUCCUUUGCGGAGAGCGUGAUUUUUCUAGUAUGAGGAGUCAAAGAUUAAACUUUUAUUGAGCCUUUUGUUUUAUCGACAGGAAAGAAUGUCAAAAUAUGUUUUUGAUAGAAGAAUUUAAGAUUUGGCUUUAGCUUGAUUUUUCAAAUGUCAACGUUUGACGAGAGUAUGAUUUUUCUAAUCGAAGAAUAGGGAACAUUAUCUACUAUAAGAUUAAUCUACGAAACGAGGCUUUUGUCUAACAACAAAAAAGAACACUAGAUAGGACUAGAAAAAUCAGAGUCGAAAGAAGGCGGAGUUGUCGAGAUAAAUUCAUUUUCUUUUUCCUCGCUUUUGAAAUAUUUGGAAGAUGCAAUAUAUAAAUGUUAAGUUUCACGAAAGCUAAGCGUUAGUUCGGCUUUCGUACUCUCCAGUUAUAAGUCGAGAGUUUUUCGUUGUACUACGAUAAACGUUGUUGUAGGUGCAAUAUUUAUUGUGAGUGAAAAAGUGAAAAUAGUGAAGUUAAAAUAGUGAAAAUGUUGCGCGACGAUAUUGUUAAAUUUUUUAUCGUUGCGUGUAAUUUUAAUAAUAAAAUAGUGAAGGGUCACUAUUUUAAGAAGGUAGCGCGUGACAAUGACGCGUCGAAUUACGCAUUGUUCGACAAGUUCGCUAAGGAGUGCUCCAUCACAUUGCUGUGUGUUAUGCACAGGCUGGGGCACUGUAAUGGCAACGUGACGUUGGAAAAUAUAAUUCGACGUCACGUUGAAACCCGACGACAAAACAAAGCGUUUUUCGAAAAUAAUCCGGGGGAUCAUAUAGCUGACUUCUUGCGUCAAAGAGAAGGUAAGUAAAUUUGAUGUAAAUUUAAAAUUGAGCGUAUUAAUGUAAGUGUUUUUAGAUAUUAUUUAAUUAUAUUUAUUUUUACAGUUGUAAGACACGUAGCCAGGGUUGAGCCGCUACCGCCUCGUCAUGCGCCGCCUCUUGAGCGAAAUUACGGGACGAGACGACGACGCGCAAAAGAGGAGCUUCAAGGUGCCGUAGCAGCCCGUAAGUAACUCUACGUACAGUAAGCAUGAGACACGCGUCGUCUCGUGGAGAAAAUUAAAUAUUCAAAGUUUUAUCAAAUAUUAAAUAUAGAAAAUUUUCUAGGAAGACCGCGAAUUGAAAUCGCGGCCUUAGUUGCGGAGGCACCAUCAUCUCGAUACACCCCCGUCGGUAAAUCAUCAGAUAACGACGACGAUACUCGAGGUAAUUUUGACAGAGUUCCAUCCUCAACCGAUGAGGCUAUAUUUACUCCAGUGCAAGCAAACGAGACGGAGGACGAAGAAGAAAGAGAAGAAAGAGCGACGGGAGAAGGAAGAGGAGGAAAUCGAAGAAGAAGCAUUAAGAGAAGAUGAGGAGGAGGAUACAGACGAAGAUGAGGAAGAGGAGGCAAAAGAUCAAGAGGAAGAGGAAAAUGAAAUAGAAGAAGAAGAAGAAGAGCAGGAAGCAAUGGAAGAUGAGGAAGAAGGAGAUAAAGAGGAAUCGGAUGAAGGCGCUGAAGUGGAGGAUAAUGAAGAGGGGACGAAAGUAGAAAAUGACGCCGAGGAAAGAGAAGUCAGAGUUGCUUCGCCAGAGUAUGAUGAUGAUAUACAUUAUGCCAAUACCUUACCAUGGAGGGCAUAAUUAAUAUCACUGGGUGGGG